AUGGUGGAGGUACUCAACAAGGUGCAAAGGAUGAAAGAGGAGCGUUGCCCCUAUCCCAGGGGCAGGGGCGUAGGUGGAACCUCCCUCCUCAACGGCCUGACGUACGCACGCGGUAACAAAAUCGACUAUGACAUUUGGUGCGCUCAAGGCAACCCCGGUUGGUGCUACAAAGACGUGCUGCCGUAUUUCAAAAAAUCGGAAAACUUCCAAAAAAACGACCCACACGCGGUGGUCGUCAUGGCUUUCCAUGGAGUAGGUGGGCCUCUUCAUGUUAAUUUUCCUUUGCCGAGGGCUGAACAGUGCAAGGUAUUCUUCAAGGCCAACGAAGAACUAGGACACCAUCAGAUCGAGUACAACGGACUCAAUGCCACGGGCGUCAGUCCUUAUCAGGUCAACGUGAAGCACGGGAAGAGGCAAGACAGUGGUACUGCUUUCUUGAAACCAGUGCUGGAUAGAUCCAACCUGGUGGUGCUGACUAAGAGCUUCGUCAUGAAAAUAGUAAUCAAUGAAUUGAAGAUGGCGGAAGGGGUUAUCUUCAGUUAUAAGGGAAGGGCGUACAAAGCCUUUGCUUCCAAGGAGGUUAUAGUGUCGCAGGGUUCAAUUAGCUCGCCGCAGCUGUUGAUGCUUUCUGGAAUUGGUCCAGCCGGACACCUCAAGGAACUUGGUAUUCCUGUAGUCCAAAAUUUGGAGGUAGGAAGCGCCCUAUCCGACCACGUCCAAAUAAAUGGAUUGACCUUCUCGAGCAACCUCAGUAUUCCUGUAGUCCAAAAUUUGGAGGUAGGAAGCGCCCUAUCCGACCACGUCCAAAUAAAUGGAUUGCCUUCUCGAGCAACCCUCAGCGAGCCAGUCCAGACUUUAAGGGAACAAAUUAAAGAUUACAUGGCUGGUGUUGGACUUUUGAGCCAAACCUUAAACCAACAAGCCCUCGGAUACUACCAAACUUAUACAUUCGAAGGUGUUGACAGCUCAAGCUCUUUCACCAUGUACCCCUCCCUUUUACACUUAAAAUCGACUGGUACCCUUAGAUUGAAAACCGCCUGUCCCUUCGACUACCCACUGAUAGACCCUAAAUGCCUUUCCGAUCCCGACGGUAAAGAUCUAGAAACGGCUUAUCAGGCAGUACAAUUCGCUCUGAGACUAAUAGAAACCAAGGCGUUCAGAAAUAUAAACGCCAAAUUAGAGACCAAACCUAUAGAAACCUGUUCGGACAAAUACAAGUUCAAGUCAAAAGACUACUGGUACUGCGCCUUAAGAUAUAUAAGCAGUCAUAACAACCAUCCCGUAGGCACCUGUAGGAUGGGACCCAAUCCUAGCCAAGGAGAUGUUGUAGAUGCUCAACUAAGGGUUUAUGGUGUCGGCAAGUUGAGAGUGGCUGACGCAAGCGUUAUACCACUAUCUACGUCGUCGCAUCUCAAUGCUGUCUGCUACAUGAUCGCAGAAAAGCUAGCGGAUCUGCUUAAAUUUGAAUAUGGAGUGCUAUAAUUUU